AUGACCUUGCGUCUCACGUCCGCUCCUGUGUCCGGUGUCCAGAAACGAAAAUCCACUACCAGACCUCGAGCCUCGCCUUUUGCCGCCCAUGCGCGCCGCAAACCUGCAUCGGGCGGGGCCAGCGUGAAGCCCGAUUGGGGUGUAGACGAUCCGCUCCCUGAUGUAGGUGGAUCGCAUUACAUCUCAGAGACAGCUCCCGUCCACAAUGUGGUACAAGCAAUCCAGUAUAUUCGAACGGGGAUGUUCGACGAGCUCCCAGCGCGAGCGGGAAUGAACAGCACACGCAUUGCCGAAGUCCUCAAUCUACGACGGUCGCUACCUCCCCUCGCCUCGGUCGCACAUGUGCAUACCUUGCUGAAUGCUCCGACGCAGGUGGAGCGGGAGAUUGUCGAGUUGGUACAGACCGGCCGAGUGCGGCGUUUGAUCAUACCCGGGCGCGGCAGUGAUGCCGCUGGGCUGGGUGAUUGCCUGGUACUCGCAGAUGAGUGGGAGAAUUUAGUGCGUGGGAACUCGGUCUUGGAUGCGGCUGUCAAGGAAAAAUUCCUCGAUAUCCUUAAGCGCAUCGGGACAUCUUCUGCUAUCUCACAGGGAGUAUUUACUCCAGACGAGUACCGGGCGUUGCUACGUGCCGGAUUUUUAGUUUCGUCUUCUUCUUUCACACAGGGGACGUUGAGCCUUGCAUCACUGCCAAAUCUGCCCGAAGCCGCAGUCUCCUCGGCUAGUCGAAGUGAGCCCGGCGCCAACCGACCCGUGCAAUCGGAUGCCCAGGCGCGGGCUGCCACGCUUUUUCUGUCACUCCCAAACACUGGAACGUAUCUUCGGUUGCUGGGAACGGGCCGUGCCCAUUUAAUCUCUCUCCUUCGACGGUCCGCUUCUGGCGAAGCGCCAUUGGGUUUGUUAAAAGACCGAUGGGACGGAGCUGUGGAAACCGAUAAGAGCUUCCACAUGGCCAAACGAGCUCGAGGGGAAUUCGCGGGGAUCUUACCCGGCAAAACGAAGAAGUGGAAAGACUUGUACGGGAUGCAGUUCCGCUGGGUGCUGGAAGAAGCACUGGGCGCCGGGCUUAUAGAGAUGUUUGAGACGGGCAGCGUGGGACCUGGAAUCCGCUGUCUGUACACUGCCGAUCCUCCCCACUUUAAUGUGCUUCUCAACAAUGCCCCUCAUCAAACUUGCCGCUCUCCCCUUUACUUCCCUUCCAUCCCAUCCCUCCCUCCCCCACAGAGCCCUCGCGCCUACCCCCCAACGCAAUUCAUCCGCACUGCCCUCCACGAAGCCCAGCAAUUCCUCGCUGUUAUCCCCUCAACUUUUACCGCAGACCCUAAGCUCCGCUCCUCGCCGCCGUCCGCAGCAAAAGUCAAGCUGCUGCACAGGUGGCGAGCAGCCCCGCCACAGGAGUCCGGAGAGAUCAGCAAAGAGAAGACCGAGUUCUGGGUGUGUCGCCAAAGCGAGCAUCUCGAUUCUAGGAGCGAGAAUGGCACUGCUUCGUGGAGUGAGUUCCAGACGGGGUUGAGAACCCAUCAUGCUGAACAUGAGAUGGAAUACACGCCGAGUGUCACGGGUGUGGAACGGUUAGUCGAGUGGGGGGAGGAAGAGCUGGGGGAGGCAAAGGGAGAAAUUGAGGUGGAUGGAGUGCGAUUUAAGGAUGUGGAAAUGCAAGUCAACCUAAUCACCCAUACCUUCCACCCAACAGCGCUCAUCGCCCCGCGCGCCUUUAUUUCUCUGACUAUAUCCGCCGCAUAUGCCAACGACAGUACCUCGGACAGCCAACACUCCCAGGCAAAUCACACUCCUAAUGGAUUCAUCACCCUCCAAAUCCCAUUCUUCUGCAAGUUCUCAUCCACCCCGCCAGAAAUCCACGAGAAGAUCAUGAGCACCGUAUCGCGGCGGGCAAUCUUCGCCCACUAUGCAAGCGUCGAGCAGGUCACCCUGCUCUCUGCCCAGCCCAGUACCUCGGCUGCACCUAGCGCUGAAGUGUCAGGGCCAGAGCCAGUUUCAGCUUCUGGCAGUGCUCAAGCCACCCCUACUGAAUCUGCCACUGCACCCCGUCGCAUCCAGUGGACUAUGGCUACGACCUCCGAUGCGUGCGGGUCGAUCCCGCAGUGGGUCCAGCGCAACUGGACGCUGGGCGGGGUGCCGCGUGCGGUGGUAGCAGAUGUGGGACUGUUUCUUGGGUGGAUUGAGAGGAGACGGAGUCGAAGAACAUGGUUCUUGUCAGGGAGGUGA